AUGAGCACUCCACACCCCAGUCGCCGUCUCUUGAUCUUCCAGGAGGCGCGCAAUCCCCAGUCCUCCGAGAUGGUCUACCUGCCCGUCAACAAGCUGGGUCUUCCCAUCUGCGGACCGGGCCCCGAGAUGCCUUCGAUCCUUGAAUUGCCGCUGCGCGCGUUGAGGGCGUUUACUGAGAUCUUCAAUCAGCCCAAAUAUAAGGGAUGGUCGAUUCUCGCAGCUGGCCCGUAUCAUGAUACCUCCGAGGAGGGCAAGUUCUAUGCCGUGAUCCUGGAGCAGGCGAAGGAUUCCUUCCAUCCCAGUGACUCAACUGGCCCAUGA